AUGAGCAAACAGACCUGAGAGAUAACAGUCGAGAUGAUGAUGACGAUGAAGAACCCCGUCAUUCUGGCCACCUGCGUCUUGAUUUUCUCCUCUCUGACCAUCCUGGCACAUGAAAGUGAGUUUGCCGCGGACGUGUGCUGCUUCCAUUUCUACUCUAAACCACUGAAAGAGGCCAAUGUGAAAAGCAUCAGAUGGACAGACAACUUGUGUCCAAAACAGGGUGUCCUAUUUUCGAUGAAGGCAGGUCGUGACUCGUGUGUCGAUCCGUCCCAGAGGUGGGUGAAGGAGAUCAUGGAGGUCAAGGAGAACAUUCAGGCUGUCACAGCAUCUCACUGAUCAUCAACGUUUUAUUCCUGUGGUGGAAAAAAAGAUUUCUCUUAAGCUAUCCUUUUAUACUGAGAAUUUAUAUUUAUUAUUAAUAAAUGCAAAACCCCUGAAAAUGACUUGUUUUUCAGAUUUUCAUACUUUACCUUUUUAUGUCAUAAACAAUAAAAAAACAGUCAAAUACUAAUUAAAUAAACUAUAAUCUUACAACUGGGUACUUAUCUCAUGUGACUAAUCACGUCUCAUUUCUGCUCUGACUGGAACCAAAUAGUGGCCCAUCAUCAUAGCAGAAACAUUAAAAUAACUCAUAUUUAUUGAAUAAAGAACAAUAAUAACAAGCUACAAGCCCUGAAGCAUGAAACAGAACCAAGGAGAACACCCAUACUAGCACAGAAAAGAAAGCACUUGUGUCUUUACUUGAUUAUUUACCAACAACGCUCCCAGGCUGUAAACAGAAAUGGUGCUCUUGUUUAAGAGACUUAUCGGCUGUUGCUGGGCAGAUUUCUCAGAAGGAAGUGUGUCGUUGGAGCAUCCUUAGAGGUGCUGUUAACAAAUUUGAAUCCUUCCAAAUGGGAGUGAAACAU